AUGAAAAAGUCAAGGAGGAUUUCAAGGCUGCCAUGUUGUCUCAUUGUCUCUUUGAUGUUCUUCAUCUUCAUCUGCUUCAUUUUCCAUCACUUUUCCGAUCAUCCAAACUCUCAAUCUCUUGUCGUCUCCAAGCCAACGCUUCCCAAUUCACAGCAUGAUUUGGAAAGGAAAACUCUGCUGCGAGCAGCACUAAGGAAAGCAUCGAUGAUCGAUAGAACAGUCAUUCUGACGGUCGUCAAUGAAACUUGGGCGAAACCGGCAUCGAUCCUUGACCUCUUCCUUGAAAGCUUCCGAAUCGGAGAAGGAACGGAACGUCUUUUAAACCAUCUGCUUAUCGUUGCCGAAGAUAGCCGAGCAUUCCAGUACUGUAACUCUAAGCAUCCCCAUUGUUUCAAACUCGAAAACUUGACGAAGAAACUCACCAAGACACCACCAGGAACACAAGGGAGCCUCAUGUUUAGUCCAACCAGACUGAUUUUGCUAACCCAAGUUAUCGAAUUCGGUUACAAUGUCGUCUUCACCAAUGCAGACGUAAUGUGGCUGAGGAAUCCGUUAAGUAAACUUGUGCCUAAUUCCGAUUUGUCGAUCGGAUGCGAGCUUUAUCCGAUCGAUGCUAAAACAUUCGGAAUCAAAGGAGACGGGGGAUUCUUUCAUCUCAAAGCAAACGCAAGGACUUUCGAAUUCAUCAGAACAUGCAACUUGAACAGGGUUCUGUACCCUGAUGAUUCUGAACACCAAUCCCUCUGCAAAAUUUCCGAAAAAGGAGAAUACAUCGGCCUCAUCGGAGUCGAAGUUUCGUAUUUCAAUGAGGAGAAAUUCGGUAGACUUUGUCUGCCAUGUGAUUUGAAGCAGAUACUUACGGUACAAGCAAACUGCUGUGAGAACAUUGAUAGCAAGAUCCAUGAUAUGAAGCUUGUGCUCGAUGACUGGAGGAACUUCGUACAACUGUCUGCGAAUAAUGUUAGCUCGAAACAGACACCGUCGUCGUGGAGAGCUCCGGAGAAAUGUAUCACCGGGAUAGAUUCUGCUGUCGUGUAAGCCGACGAGGUACGCUGAUGGAUCGGAUCUAAUAGCUUGUCGGAUGGACAAGACAUUACCUGAGUUUUAUGAGCUUGAAUGUUGAAUGUCUUUUACAUCACAUAUACUAACAAAUUCACAAUGUUAUUUAGCGAACACGUAAAGAAUA